AUGGCGCCUGUCUAUCACGGCCAGUGGGCUUUCAACGGCUACACACUCUACAUCACUACCUCUUCCGGCGAGACCCACCCUCGUGCAACGUAUGCCGAGCUGGAAGACAUUUUCAUUGCACCAAUAGGGUACAGAACCAACAUACCCGACUAUCAAGAUCACUGGUACGAAGCACAAAUUCUCCAUUACGGACUGGCGCCGACGAAAAACAAAGCCGUAGCCAAGAUGAGAUUAAUGGAUGCCUUUCAAGAUGGAACACUAGAAAUUCCAAUGGAAAUACUCCGGAUCGAAGCAACCCUGCGAAAGAACUGGAUCAAACAAGACCUAGACUCCCAUCUCCAAGGUCCUGCGAUACAACCUUCACCUGCACUCGCUCCUGCCAUUGCGGAAACUAUGGAGAUUGACACGACUGACGCUGACGCCACUCAGAAACCGGAGGGGGGAGAGGAGGGAAAUGUGUUCGGUGCUGGCUUGGCUGGAGGAGCUGGUAUGCAAGGCAAUAUGCGAUCCCAACAAGACAAGAUGCAACCACCCCACGCUCACCCGAAGCGAAAGAACAGUAACAAUUCAGAGCUGUCGAUCCGCCCUCUGAAGACUGCCAGAUAUCGUGGUGAAACUGGUGGAUCGGACUUGCAGGUCCAGAUUGAUGACAACACUGCCGGUGAGACCUUUCUCCAGGGAUCAACUAUUACUCCAGUGUCGGUGGGAAACAGCUGCGGACGCCCGGGUCCGGACAGAGAAUUGCUGCCAAUUGAAUAUCAAACCGUGCCUCUAUCGCACCAGACUACCGACGGAAUGGUAAGCAUGUCUUUCCCUGCACAAGAAACAAGCAUCUCUGACCAAAACACAAAGGGAACACAACUUCUUCCUCCCGGACUAAUGGGCGCCGACGGUGCGAGCGAUCAUUGUGACUACGGCUACAACCCAGCGACGAACUCGAAGCAACCUUCUCUCGUGGUUGGGUGGAGUUUCAAGAACAGAGAUUCAUUGGCCAAGGCAUGA